AUGAUCCUUUCAAAUCUUUCAAAUUUGUUAACCUUUUUUUCGUUAUUGGUUCUUAAGACUCGUACUCAAGCUUGGGUUAGAUCAGAUACGAAGUUAGAAAAAGGUAGAAUACAUGAUGGAUUAGUUUUACGUGAAUUAAAGAUCAAAGAAGUAGAUACAAGAAUCAAAGGUGGAAUCGGUAAUUUACGUACAACCUUGGAAAGUGUGAAAAACAAUAUUCUACAACAUGUUGUUGGUACAGUGGCUUCUAGUGGUGCUUUGUUAUUAGCUUACAUUCAAAUGUUCCAAUAA